UGCGAUUGGCUAUUUAAUCAGUAUUUUGGACAGUUUUGUCAUGGGGUUUAGUUUGAGUUUAGUCUGACUACCUUAUCGCCUGUAUUGUCUGAGCUCACAGUAGAAACAAUGUGUGUCUACAUUGCAUUUUGUUUGUUUUUGGCUGUCAAAGCUACAGAGGGUAAAGCAGUCCCUUCUCUCCCAAUUUUUGGGAGCAGCUAUCAUGUGAAAGGAGUGAUCUCUCUGCCCUACGCUGAGAUCAAGGAGCCAUUUGAGGCCUGGCUAGACCUCGCAGCAAAGUCCAGCCGACUAGACUACUACCAUGGCCAGGUGUCGACCUACCAGUUGGGGACGGCGGCACGGUGGGGCGUCUCCUAUAAAAUCACUCCAGAGACCACAGAGAUGACUCUGAACGUGAUGAAGUGUUUCCUGGUUAACGGGACAAAGGAUGAAGCCGUCACACCGCAGGCGUCGCUGCCUGAUGUGCAGGGUUUCCAGUUCCUGAGGAUGGAGUACUAUGGAGGUUCCCUGUGUGAAGUUUGGCAGAAUGUGACGACCGUGGGUUACAAGAAGAACACAUACACACUGUGGGUGACUCAUUCGGAGAGCGGGGCGGAUGGCAAGGAUGAGUCUGCCACACCGCUCCAUUAUGAGAUGAUGGGAUACGACACGCUGCUCGGGUCACAUUAUGACAAAUACUUGGUGGAUUACAAAGAGUUCAGCACUCAUGUGGACCCCAAAGUGUUCUCGCUGCCUGAAGGGAUGAGCUGUGGAGAGUUUCCUGGUCCAGGUGUGGAGCACCACAUGUUGGCCAAUCCGAUGAAAGAUCUCAUCCACACCUCGGCGUCGGGCCACUCGCAGCGCAUGUUCGACUAUUUCAAGGACAAGUUUCAGCGUCAGUACAGCGACGAAAGAGAGCAUGAGAAAAGGCACCAUGCUUUUGUUCAUAACCUCCGGUAUGUCCACUCAAAGAACAGAGCAGGGCUGUCCUUCUCUCUGACUCUGAACUCUCUGUCAGAUCGCACACUGUCGGAGCUGUUCAUCAUGAGGGGAAGGAAACAAGGAAAGACCCCAAACAAAGGACUCCCCUUCCCCUCAAUGCUUUACGAAGGGGUGAACUUACCCGAGUCACUUGACUGGAGGCUUUUCGGUGCUGUGACCCCGGUGAAGGACCAGGCCAUCUGCGGCUCCUGCUGGAGCUUUGCCACCACUGGAGCAAUAGAGGGCGCUCUCUUCCUAAAGACGGGUUCCCUGCUGGUUCUGUCUCAGCAGAUGCUGGUGGACUGCUCCUGGGGUUUCGGCAAUAACGGCUGUGACGGAGGGGAAGAGUGGAGAGGCUACGAGUGGAUCAUGAAACAUGGCGGCAUCGCCACAACCGAAACAUACGGAGCCUACAUGGGAAUGAAUGGAUUUUGCCACAUUAACACAUCCCAGCUUACUGCACAAAUCAAGAGCUACACCAACGUCACAUCAGGAGAUGCAGAAGCCCUUAAGAUGGCGCUCUUUAAAAACGGGCCGACGGCUGUUAGCAUCGACGCCUCGCAUCGAUCGUUUGUCUUCUACAGCCACGGUGUCUACUAUGAGCCGGCUUGUGGUAAUGCCACGUAUGAUUUGGACCACGCUGUGCUUGCAGUUGGAUACGGCACCAUGAAGGGAGAGCCAUACUGGUUGGUGAAGAACUCGUGGUCCACCUACUGGGGCAAUGACGGCUACAUCCUCAUGUCCAUGAAGGAUAACAACUGCGGCGUCGCCACUGAUGCUACAUAUGUGACACCGGCAUAGAUUUGCACCAUUCCUCUUUGUAAAAUGGUUAAACGCCACCAUGAGAGUGCAUGAGGAUGAAGCGCCCCUAAUGUUGGACGUUGUUGGGAUGUGAUUAUCACGGGAAACUGAGCUGCAUGAUGAUGAUGAUGAUGUGUUGCUGUUAAAUGGCGUCGCCGUGAGUUAAGAUGUUGCACUUGCACACAGAACACUUUUCUCAAACAUGUUUUAAUGCUGGUGCCACACGGCUACAGUGCCUUCAUUUCAGGUGUAGUACAUUUUUGUGACACUUACAUUUGUUCUUGUGCUUUUUAUAAAUGUGUUGCAUUUAAAUGCACUUUGGCUGGAAUCAAUACAAUAAAAACAUUUUUAAAAAGAA